AGAUGUUGCUCGUUUAACGUUCAAAUGAGUUUAUUGACAUUUUAAAAGACUGGUUUCGCCUCUGUUUUCUCUAUCUAAUCGACUUCUAAACGUGUACCAUUUGCGAUAAUAUUGUGCAUGACUGCCUUUUAAGUGCAGUAAUGGCCUCUCAGAAUGUUGUUUUUGCCAUCGAUGUGGAUUAUCGACAACAGGGGAUCAACAGCACGACUAGUGCCUAUCAAAACCACCUCAAACACUGGAUACUGAGAGUCCUGCUCAGUUUGGGACACAAAUAUGGAAUGGAAAAAGUGCGAUGGGGGUAUAAAUUCUUCUAUUCAAGGAAUGUGAAAAGUGCAACACUUAUAAGCAGAGGAUCUGAUUUCAAGGAACUCCAGGAGAAGGUGUUCAGUGAUUUCGAAGAGGAACUGCUUGUCAAAUUCAGCCUAGAAGGAAAGUCACCCAGAAGUCGGGAAAGGUCACAUAAACUGAAACCCAGCCCGGCUAGUUGUGUCCAAAAUGCCUUGAAAGAGAUCCUCCUAGACUUCCAGUGGGAUAGACCUGAUCUCACAUCUCCCACCAAGGUGACACUGAGACCAAGAAGGUCCAGUCGAAAUGGCAGAAAUAUCCCUCUGCAGGACUAUGACAUGUUAAGCCUUGACAGAAAUGUCCUUUUUGUCAUAUCUGAAUGCCCACGGUCCAAAGCAGAGUUGGAUGACUACCUGUCCAUCCGUAGCGUUGACAGUAGACAUCAUAGAGACAUACAUGAGCAGGUUCUGCCCAAAGGUCUCAUAGAUAUGCUUAUGCAACGCAAAGUUGUGCUUCAUUGGGCUGAUUCGGGUAUAUUGAAGGCUCAUAAUUUGGUGGAGGACUACACCGGCACAGACACAUUGGCAGAGCUUCUCCUUCAGGUUGGUGGACGGGUGGUGCCCAUGCUGUCUCCUGGUUUGCCACCGAUGGACAAGCAUCCCGGUGUAAGCCAUUCACUGGCUUUGGGACUAGAUGCCUUUCCUAUAGAUUUCAUCAAUGGCUACCUUCAGUUUUCUGAAAGAAUGCACCAACAAGUGUUUCCUCCUCUGAGUGGUUCGCUUUCCUGGAUUGCGGAUGGAAACAGGCGUUCCUUUAACGUGACGCUGGAGCCGGUAUCAUGCAGGCAGAGGUUUCUGCGUGUUCCUGUGGAUGUGAUUCUCAGAGGUGUCCUGCAGGACUUCGACACCAUCUCCCUCUCACGUCCAGCCUCAGAGAGCUGGAUACUUCAGUGCCCAGAUGCUGAACUGGGACAGGAGGCGUUUCAGCACUUAAAGGAGCUGUCCACUGGAGGAUCUGCCAUGCUAGCAGAAGUGAGUGAAGGAGGUGUGUUGUGUUCAGCGGUGCUGUCGGUGCUCUCCAGCUGCAUGGCUCAGCUCACUGUGCUUCAGCCUCUGGUUAUUCAGGAAGACCAGCUCCUGCCCGCAGACCUCGUUUCUUUGGACACUACAGAAAUUUCCAGUGACUUACCUGAUGUUGUCAGCAGUGUUCUCAAUGUCAUGUAUGACAUCAUGGAGGAUGAGGAUUGCUCAGAUCAAGUGACAAUGCCGUUAGUUCCUGACUGGGCCAGUCAAGAGCUCAAGCAAGGGUCUUGUUCAAGGAGAAAUGGGGUGGUAGAGGGUUGGUUUCCUCUGUCUGACCAAUCAGGAAUAAGCUGCAACUUAAUGGAAUCAAUGAGGCUCCUGCAUGCGGCUCCUGAGGUAGAGGAGCAGGGAGAGGAGUACUCAGAUACUCAACAGGAGAUCACCAGCAGUCUCUCAGAGCUCUAUCAGAGCAACACAGCUGGAUCCAGUGGCAACCUGAGGUCCAAAAAAAGAGGUACACAAUGCACACCAGUAAGACAGAAGAUGAAGACCAUGAGUCGCUCUCUACAGAUGCUGAACUUUGCUCGCUUGAAUGUGAAAGCGCAAAAGACUCAGGCUGAUAGCAGCUCUGCUAAAUCUGCCAUAGGGGCUGAAAAAGGGGGCAAAAGAUGCUCUGGGGAUCGGACCAAGCCUAGCCUCAUGUACUUCAGCAGUGAGGAAGAGCUGCUCUCCCACCUGGGACUCACUUAUCAGAAAGCUGUGGAGAACAGAUCUGUGUCUGUUCCCUCUCAGGUCCAGGAUUUGCUUUCAUUUGUAAUGGCAUUCAUCAAAACUAACACUGACGUGGAGCAGGUAUCAUUCUUGGAUUUGGUCCAGAAUCAUCUAUUGAAAUCCUGUCAGUCUAUUCGUCAGCUUUAUGGAAAUUCUUCAGAUGAAGAAAGUAAAAUCAGGGAAUGCCAGCUGCAAGCAGUUCUUAGACUUGAGUUGUGCAGACAACCAGAACAAGACGGCGAGGAGGAGGUUGUUGAACAAAGAGUAGAGGAUGUGGCUGAUAUGUUCCGGAUUAUCUCCCGGAGUAAAGAUGCUGUCUACUUAUCCAAGUUUAUGCAGGAUGAAGUUCUGCCUGUGUACCUGAACAGCAUCCCUAAGGUCCUGGCAGACGUGUACCACAGUUUAGGAACUCAGUUGCCCGAGGCACUCAUUGCCGUCCUGCCUUCUGAUUUCUUCAGUGAUGAGUCUUUGGCUAAAGACAGUGUGUCUGUGAGUUCCUCACCUUUCUCUGCCACACAGAGCAACAUAUCCAGUAUUGGAGAUUAUCUGGAGGAACUCCGCAAUCGCUCUGCUAAGAAGAGGAGACAGAACAUGAUCACACGCCACAAAAGCAUGACUGAGGCUCCUCAAGCACUUCGACAGAUAGAAAUGCCAAGAAAGUCAACGCGCCUGGCAAAGCCAAAACUCUGUGUCCCAGUAGAAAAACCUGCUGUGGAAGAACCACCACCACCAAAGCAAGCAGUUCAAGAGGUAACAAAGGUAAGGAGAAAUCUCUUCAACCAAGUGACCGUAUCGCCAUCAAAAUCGUCCAAAAUGCCAAGAAGCCAGUCCGUGUCAGCAGUAGAAGGACUCAAGAAACGCAAGCGUUCAAAUAUGGAAGAUAAUGAACGGCACACUCUUCUGACAAAGAAAGUAUCUGAGACACCACAGCAUAAGCAGGUGUCCAAUCGCUUACUUCACCGGCAAAGGACUGGCAGGAGAUCUGGAGAAUCUGAUGUGUGCAUUAUUGAGGAGUCUCCUGUCAAACCUGCUGCUGAUUUAAGGAGGAGCCCAAGAAUUAAAAGCCUUACCAGGAGACAUUCCAGCGUGUUCUAUUCAAGCUCACAGCCACGUUCACGAAACCUGGACCGUGCCAUUUCCUCUUCUCAACUCUGCCCUUCUGAGGGCAAAGGUGGAUUUGAUGUUAGUUCUGUUAGGUCACCAGUUCGGCUUCUUUUUGGUGCUACCCAGUCCCCUGGUCACCUACGGCACACUACAGCAUCCUCUUCAGAAGAUCAUGGCAGCAAAGAGUUGUCACUUAGCUCUGCAGUUUUUGAGAGUCAUAACAAAACACCACAGAAGUUAAGAUCUGAUCCACUAGGAUCUCCAGCUGGGUGUAGAACCCCUCGGUCCCCAAGAACUCCAAGCCAGACAGUUGGGGAGAAUGGGAUGAUUCUGCGAGGGACCCCCUUUCGCUCACCUGUUGCGAAGAAUUUGGGGAUAGAGACACCUAAGAAAAGCCCACUGAAGGGGAUACUCAAGACUCCAAUGAAAAGCCUCUUGAAUUGUGUUUCUCCAAACGGCGCUUGGCUUACGAGCCCAAGUGGAAGAACGCCAAAAAAGAAUGUGACAUGGUCUCCAUCUCCACGUAAACACCUGACGGAAAACCCAAAUAAUGUGCCGGAGUCUCCGAUGUUUACAAAAAGAUACUCACCAAGGCUGAUUACACCUGGCAAGAAUAGCAGCCCAGAGGAAAGAACAGUUUUCAAAACACCUGACAAGGUGCCCCAAAGGAAAUCUAAGGCAUCUCCUGGAAUGAUGCCUAGGACACUUGAAAUUCCUGGAAAUCUUGAUCUUGAAACAUCUCAGUCCAUCACGAGAUUAGGAAAGAUGAGAAGAACACGGAGCUUACCUUGCAAGAUUACUGAAGAGUCUUAUCAGUUUGCCUCUGUUGACUCACAACAGUCUGAUUCCGGACCAUUUCCUUUUUGCGUUUCACCAUUAAAACCAAAUUUACAAACGCCCAUAAAAAGCCCCAGCCCAGCACACAGGAUAUGCACUCGCUCCGGUAGGACACCUAUUAAAGUGUCCUUGUCGCCUUUUAACAAGUCUCGACCCAUUGCAGGUACUUGCCCUUCACCCUUUCAAGAUCUGUCUUUGGCUGUAGCAAAAUCAAGUGCAUCACCGGCCCUGGGUGCUUCUAGAUCAGAUAUCAGCCAUCAAAGAAGUUCAUCCAUCAAUAAUGUAGUAAAAUAUCCACAGGAGGAUAAAAUAAUUGCGCAAAUUGAAACCAACCAUGGAAAAACGGAAGAGGCAUCAUCUUCUGACUCCCAGCAGUUUGAUUGCUCUGAACUCAGCGUUACCACAGAUGAUGAAAGCAUUGAUAUAUCGGAGGCCUCAGUGGUGAAGACCCAGCUCAUAGGGGGAAUUAAGAUGAACAUCGCUUUCUCAAGGAAACACUCUAGACCCUCAGAGGUUUUUGAAUUUGAAGGCAAACACGCCACCCCGUCCGCAACAACAGCGAGUCGAAGCUAUGGCUUCCGUCAAACUCCAGACCGGCGCCAACGAGAAGCGGAAGCACGUCUUGGAUAUCCCUCGGGAACACCAAAGAUUUCCACCCCAAGAACAAGGCGAACUCCUGCAUGUGGAAAGAAGUCCACUCCACAACCACUUACUUAUGAAGUGGAAAUGGAAAUGCAGGCGUCAGGUCUGCCUAAACUCAAGUUAAGACGGACCGAUUCUUUCAAUGCAGGUGAUGCACCUAGUAAUGCAACAAAAGGCAUGGCCUCACAUUUUGUGCACCGUAACAUGUCAAAUGUGAAGGCGCCACAAGUUGACGGCCCUCUUGCGCAGUGUUCUAGACAUCCUGGCUGCUUAUCUCCAUCACUCUCCAGUCGAGUAACCCCUGCCAAAGGUACACCUGGGAAUGGUGUACAGACAUACAUAUGUCAGUCGAUCACUCCCACACGGUAUCCGGCAAGUAGCCAAUCCCCUUUGGCGUCCCCACUGACUCCAUCUCCUCAAAGCAGAGGAUGGUCAACCCCAGAGAACCUCAAUAGUUGGCCUCGCAAGAAAAGGGCUCGAAUCGAGACUUGCGGGAGCAAAGAGCAGGUCACCAAAGGGGUUCCUCUCCUGGAAAAGCCUGGGGUAUUGGAGGACCCAGAACUUGAUGGGGUUUUCCAUAUUCAAGGGGUGGAAGAACUCAAGGAGUCGUUGAGCACCCCAGUCAGUCAAAGAAAACUGGGUUUGAGAUCAAGCCAAGUGAGGGACCAUCAGUGCUCACCAGAAGGCAUGGACUGGACCGAGACUGUGGUUCAAGAGUGUGAUGCUGGAGAUCCUACGAAGUCUGAACAGUUUGCAUGGAAGAGCAUAAAAGUGGACACCCCUAAAGUAAAGAAACCUGUGUCUGCCAGCGGAAUCUUCGCUCUCACUCAGUCACCUCUGUUAUACAAAAAAUCAGCUGUAAUCAAUGAAUCAUCACAAUUUAAUGCAUCAAAGGCUGAGCUGGAUAUCUCUCCCCUUUGCCAGCCGAAAAGGCGAAGGACACUUAGUAAGACUUACAGCCGAAAGAAACUUCUAGACUAAGUCUGUCAUACUUUUGGUUGCCUUAUCUCGCACUCAGUUUCUUUUAGAAAAUCAAACACUUUUUUUUUUAAACAAGUUUUAUUGUCUGUUUUAGCUGACCUUUUGUCUCAUUUAUAAUAAUGCAUUACCCAAUAUUGUAUAUUUUGUAUUCUUUUUGUAUUAUACAGAUGUUACAUAUGGCAUCAGAUAGGUACAGUAUAACUCAUAGAAGUUUAAACUAGUCUGAUCUGAACAUUUAUUGUGAAAAUAAGGUGGAAACAUUUAUUUUACAUGUUUCAGUGUAAUUAAAUUAAGCUUUAAUUGCUUUUGUUUGUUCAAUUUGUUUGUGCUUUAUUUAUUUGUGCUCAUUGUACUGUGUAUUUUUCAUGUAGCAUGUUUUUAACAGUUUGGCAGCUCGUUUGCAACAUCUUGCCAUAAUGUGAAAUAAAUGUAAAUGUUAAACAGAUUAUUUUAAUAAAGACACUGUUGUUCUUAAA